AUCGAUUCAAAUUGAAGACAUUAACAAUUACCUGCUCACUGUCAUGCCGAUAUUUUUAGUGGUGUACUGAGUGUUUAAGUUUAAAGAACAAUUUUCGCGGGGCAACUGAAAAAUGUUAUCGAAAAAGGUUUUCAUAUGCGUUCUUUUCACCUUGAACGUAAUCCUAGGGCAAAAAGACAGUGAUGAAGGCAGGCCAUAUGAAUUUGGGUUUACUAUUGAUGGACAACAGCACAGACAUGAAAAGAAAGAUCAAAAUGGGAUCAUACAAGGAGAGUUUGGUUUCAUCACAGCAGAUGGAGUAUAUCACGUUACCGUGUACGCCACAGAUGAAAAUGGAAAUUUCAAAAUUCUCAGCAUGAAAAACAUAAGAAUAAGCGCACCACUUGAUGGCUCGCCAGCACUCGGCCCAAUUUCACCUGAAGCCUCUAAAUACCUGAAAAAACCGAACCAAAUAGAACCAUCGCCUUCAAAACCAUCAGCACCAGCCCCAGCAACUCCACAGCAAUUCCAGCGGAUCCAGGAAGCUCCUGUUUCAGUAACUACACAAAAACCAGUCUACCGGUUCACCACACAUAGCACCAUCAGACCUGCUUGUGCCGGCUGCGGAUUGAUCACUCCACCUCCACCGGGCCAGAAGUUUAUGUUCUUAAAUCCCGCCUUCCAGAAACCUGCAGAGGUUUCCAUGACUAAAAAACUAGCGGAAACAGGUGUUCCUGUACCUCCUCGUGUUGCAUCUUCUCCAGUUUCUGGACCUGUUGUGCAGCAACCGAUGUAUAAGGGGAAAAUUCCUGUAGAUGUUGAGGUGUUGCCAACAAACUUUCAAGGACCAAAUGGCCUUCAACCGGGUGUUGAGUUGCAAAGAUAUCAAGAUAAUGUUGAGAAACCCGAGCAAAAAAAUAGAAAUCAUUUAGUAGCAAAUGAGAUUCAAUCGGAGAAGAUUAAUAAAGUUAGUACUGGCGUGGUCCCGCAAGGGCCUGAAAGUUCCAGGAAAAACAGUAAUAUCCACGAGCAGAAUAUUCCUUUGGAAGAUGGUAUGAAAGUAAUAAGUGAAAAUACUCCUAAUUUACCAGCUGAGUUCGAUAGUCAAUCACUGAAUAAUGGCGAUAGUCCUGGUAGCGAUUACAAUAUAUCACCUCGUUUUGACACAAACAACGUGGAAUUAAUUCCAAACCAAGAAAACCUUAAAGAACCUAUGAAAGACAAAUUCGGCCGUUUGGUAGCUCCACCAUUCGGCUCAACAGGUCCAAAUCCUCUACUGCAACCGCAGGAAGUCUCCAAAUUACCGCCGAUUUCGGUAUCCGACAACACGAUCCACGUGAUGGGGAAGAAACCCUUCGACAUUCCGAUCAAAGACAAAUACCCCGGCAUGACGGCGGGUCUUCCAGAGGGGGUUGAAACAGGAGACGUUACCAAUAUUCUCUACAAGUUCAAGUACACAGUAGGCUUCCACGGGCAUUACGAGAAAGGGCUGAAGGACGGCACGAAAAUCGGAGGGUACUUCGUCAACGGCAGGGAUGGUAUCAGCAGGGUAGUAACUUACGUGGCUGAUGCCAAUGGCUACAGGCCGAAAUUCAAAUUCAUUAAUCUCGGCUUGGACUCAUCGGACACGCCGAAUGAAAAAACUGAGAAGACCUUCGGGCUAAAAGAGUUUGAAUUCGUCUGGUACCCUAUCGAGUGAAUUAAUUUAAGAGUCUUAUGAGUUUGUAUACAUUAGGUUUGUAAUUUGCAGAUGUAGAUGUUUUGUUCAAAAAUAAUAUAGUAGAUUUUAAUUUUUAUGUAAGGAAGUACUAUUGUAUUUUACAAUAAUAAAAUUUAAAUCUAUGCUCCUCAA